AUGGGAGUUACUUGGCAGACCAAGCGCCUACUUCAUGGCAUCCGCGCCAUAGUCGGUGGUCAAGGGCCGCCUGUCGUCCUCCUAGCAGGCUGGCCACAGACAGCCGAAGCGUUCAGCGACAUGUUCGAGCCCCUUUCAAAGCAAUAUCGAUUUUACGCGCUGGAUCCUCCAGGACUGGGAGAGUCGUCUCCGUCUGAAUUGGGAUAUGACACUAAAGCCGUUAGCAAGAUAAUGGCCGAUUCAAUCCACGACGCCCUACAAGACGAGAAGCAGUCAUAUCAUCUUGUUGGCCACGAUGUGGGUGCCUGGAUAUCCUAUCCCUGGGCUGUCCAGUACCCCAAGAGAAUCAAGUCACUUUGUAUCAUGGAUGGGGGAAUACCUGGGUUCAUGGCACCACUCCAGUAUCCUCUGUCCCACGAGGCGAACAUUCGCCUGUGGCAAUUCUCUUUCAACGCCCUUCCGGAUCUUCCUGAACUCCUGACGCGUGGUCGAGAACGAGAGCUGCUGAAUUGGUUCUUCAAUAGGAAGACGGCGAGCCCAGAUGGUUUGUCGCCAGAAAAAAUGGCGACGUAUGUCGAGGCAUAUUCAAAACCCGGGGUAAUGAGCCAAGGCUUCGAGUACUAUCGGUCCUACGCGAAGAGCGCAGAGCAGAACAAAGAACUUAACAAAGCUGCUCUCCAAGUGCCUGUUUUAGGGCUGGGUGGAGCAAGCUCCAUUGGACUGGGCAUGGCUGCUAUGGCUCAGCGGUUUGCGGCUAAUGUCGAGGGCUAUGCGAUUGCAGACUGUGGACAUUUGCUACCAGAGGAGCAGCCAGAAGCAGUUGCGCGAAGGCUGCUGGAGUUCUGGGAAAAGCAAGCUUGCGCAAAAGAUUGCUAUCAGCUUUGGGUCUGA